AGCGCUUCAAAACAUUUUCAUGGUAAUAUUUAACAAUUUCUUUGGUUCAAACGUUAAUUUAAUGUUGUAAAUUAUGUACGGAAGUGCUGAGGAGAUUGCUAAGCGUCGUCAAGAAGCAAUUGAACGUCAAAAACUGCGAAAAUUGGCUGAAUCGAACGAAAAUACGUCGCAAAAUAAUUCUUCUUCAAUAGUUGGCGGACUUGCAUCAAAUAGUUUUUAUGCAAAUUCCAAACAUGACAAUAAAAUACGACCGAAUGUUGCAGCUCAGAGACUGAAAAAGCCUUAUGACGUGCCAAGUUCAUCAAGAAAUAGCAAAAUAGCGCCCGUUUUUCAGAAACCUCUUACACUGACAUUUACUUUCGUUUCCGAGGAGAGAUUUUCUGUUAAAAUGCUUGGUUUCUCCGAAACAGUUGUAAAUAUCUUUAAAACGAUGCCUUCGAAAUCGUAUGAUCCACGAACGACAAAUUGGACUUUCAAUAAAAGUGAAUACGAAGCAUUGCUGUCGAAGAUAAACAAUAAUGAACAACUAAAAGGAUCCAAUUUGAAAUUAGAAACUAUUCCAAAUUUUGUUCUGCGAAUUUUCCGAGAGAAAGUUGAAACAGAUCAUAUUCGGGAUAUGCCUUUGUCAGAAGCAAUCGAACCAAAGUUAGCGAAUGCUUUAAUGUCUUUUCAGAAAGAAGGUUUCUAUUUCGGCGUAAAGCGUCAAGGACGUGUUUUGAUCGCCGACGAAAUGGGUUUGGGAAAGACAUAUCAAGCAAUUGCUCUUGCCGACUUUUACAAUAACGAUUGGCCAUUAUUAGUUUGUACGACAGCAGCUAUGCGUGAAACAUGGGCGAGCAAAAUUCGCGAGUUACUUCCGAAAGUUAAUCCGCAACGCAUUAUUUGCGUAACAUCUGGCAACGAUCCAGAAUUGGAAUCGGCAAGAGUUGUGAUAACAAGUUACUCUUUAAUGGAAAGUUUAGUUUCCAUUUUGAUGCAAAAGAAAUUUGGAGUUAUCAUAAUGGAUGAAUCUCAUACAGUGAAAAAUAACAAAGCAAAACGAACAAAUGUCGCGGAAGAUUUGUGUAAAAAUGCAAAACGAGUAAUUUUGUUGUCAGGCACUCCCGCUUUAUCGAGACCUAAAGAGCUAUUUUCACAAAUUAACAUGUUAGCGCCAGGAUUUGCGUCAUUUAAGGAUUAUUCAACGCGAUAUUGUGCGGGGCAUCAAACACGUUUCGGUUGGAAUGCUGAUGGAUCGACAAAUUUGGAAGAAUUGAAUUUGUUGCUCAAGAAAAAAUUUAUGAUUCGUCGCACAAAGGAUGAUUGUUUGAAUGAUUUAAAAGAGAAAAAUAGAGAGUCAGUGAUUCUCGAUGCCUCACUCAUCAAAAGCGAAGAUAAAGCAAUAACUGAAAUUGCAGGAAAAUUUCAAAAUAGCAAAGGUCGAGAUCGAGAAGAGCUUCUUAUACAAUAUUACUCCAAAACAGCAGAAAUCAAAACACGAGCUGUAUGUGCAUAUUUGAAAAAUUUGCUCAAAGAACCGAUGUUAAAGUUUAUCGUUUUUGCUCAUCAUAAAGUCAUGUUAGAUGCAAUUGCUGAUUUUAUCUAUCAGCAAGGCGUAAGUGCUAUCAAAAUUGAUGGUACAACAAGACAUGACAUUCGUGAUAAAAAUGUUCACAAAUUUCAAAACGAUAAAAAAUGUAGAGUUGCAAUACUAUCGCUGAUUGCAUGUUCAGCAGGAAUCACUCUAACAGCUGCCAAAAUGGUUGUUUUUGCCGAAUUGACAUGGACCCCGAGUAUUCUCGAACAAGCAGAAAGUCGUGCACAUCGAAUCGGUCAAACAGAGGAUGUCACUGUAAAGUAUUUACUUGCGAAAGGAACAGCAGAUGAUGUUAUUUGGCCAAUGUUACAAAAAAAGCAAAAGAGUUUGAACAAAGCGGGUCUUAACAAUGAAGAUUUCACAGAUAAUACCUGUAUUAAUGCCCCGAAUUCAGCGGGUGAUAUUACGCUAUACUUGAAAGAAACAAAAAUUAGUGAAGAAGCAAACACAUCAAGCAACAAAACUACAAAUGUAAUAGCUGUUAAUGAAAUAGAUUGGGGAGAUGAUUUUGAUAAUGAGCUGCUCAGCAAAGAAGCAAAUAUAAAAAGUGACGAAGCAGAAAAAAAGAGUAAUAUUGCAACCGCAAAAGAAAUAGACUGGGGAGACGAUUUUGAUAAUGAACUACUUACACUUCCUUUAAAAUAAUACCAAAAUGUUUAUAUUAAAAUUAAAGCAUGCG